GUGGCGCAUCAAGCUGGAAUUCUCGUAGUAAAAAAUAAAUAAAUUAGUGCGGUAAGAUCGCAAUGGUCGCGAUCAUAUUUCGACGAACUAUUUCGAUGAUGGCCGUGUCGCAUUUAGUUUUUUUCCUUCUAUGUCUGAUUGCAACAACGGUGAAGGCGCAAGAUAAUGGACACUGUAUUUGGUAUGGAGAAUGUAAUCUUGAUGAUUAUCAACGAAAGCAAAAUUGUCCAAAUACAGGUCCAGCUCAAUUAUUGGACACAGAGGGACAAAAACUUCUACAAAAACACUGUCCACACAUGAUUCAAAAUUCUGAAAUAAAAACGUGUUGUGACACAAAUCAAUUGAGAACACUAGAUCAAAAUAUUAAUCUAGCAGCAAAUUUUCUCAACAGAUGUCCCAGUUGCCUUGAUAAUUUAGUGAAACAUUUUUGUGAAUUCACUUGCAGUCCACAACAAUCGACGUUUAUCAACGUUACGGAAAUAUUAAAAAACGAUAAAAAUAUUUCCUACAUAAAUGGAAUAGAAGUUUAUAUAACAAACAAAUACAUUAAUGGCACGUUCAACUCAUGUAAUAAAGUCUCUGUGCCAAGCACCGGACAAUUAGCAUUGGAUAUAAUGUGUGGAGAUUGGGGGGCAAGUAGAUGUAGCGCAAAAAGAUGGUUCGAUUAUUUGGGCGAUGCAUCAAAUAUUUAUGUGCCUUUUCAAAUCACUUACAAAACAGUGGAUCACAAUGAAGAUGGUUUUGAACCAAUGGAUCCAAAAGUAACACCAUGCAGUCAACCUUUGGAUUCAAAAUCGCCAGCGUGCAGUUGCGUGGAUUGUGAGGCAAGUUGUCCCGUGCCACCUCCGCCCCCACCUUUACCAAAGCCAUUCGCUAUAGCCGGUUUCGAUGGCUAUGGAGUAAUUAUGAUAAUUAUUUUCAUUUGCGGAUCAACCCUUUUUCUACUCUCGAUCAUCUGCUUUAGCAACAGGAAGCAAAUUGUUGCACGAGGGGAAGAGGUAGGAAGGCAAGUGGGUAGACGACUAGCCGCUGGGCUUCAUCAUCCUGGAGAUAGUGCUCGUAUUGCUCUUGCAGCUGAUCAAGAAGACAGUCCACUACAAUCAAAACGUUCCAGUGUCAUAUCGGCUGACGAUUUGCCAAGUACAUUUGAAGAUGAGCAAUCAACUUUCUUGGAACGUCUUGGUGCUGGAACUGACAAAUUCCUACAAGAAUUUUUCUGCUCUUGGGGCACCGCUUGUGCGUCACGUCCCUGGUUGGUUCUUUUUAUGGGAUUCAUCUUGAUCGUGACCUUGGGUCAUGGAAUAAAAUACAUAAUUGUGACAACCGAUCCAGUCGAAUUGUGGGCAUCACCAACAUCAAGGUCACGUGUUGAAAGAGAAUUUUUCGACAGUCAUUUUGAGCCAUUUUAUAGAACCGAGCAAAUUAUCAUCACAUCGAUAGGACUACCGCCGAUCGUGCAUAAUACAUCAAAUGGUCCCAUUACCUAUGGUGCUGUAUUCCAUGCAGAUUUUUUGAAAAAAGUUUUCGAAUUACAAGAAGGAAUAAAACAGAUUGUUAUUUCUGAUAAUCGAACAUUGGCUGAUAUUUGUUUUGCUCCAUUGACAAGUCCUUAUUCGGGUCCAACAACUGUUUCUCAAUGUACUAUUCAAAGUAUCUGGGGAUAUUAUCAAGAUGAUAUGGAUACUUUUGAUGGAACGUCUGAGGAUAAAAAUGGUUUUGUUGUUAAUUAUUUGGAUCACUUUCAGGAAUGCACGCAGAAUCCGUAUAAUUUAAAUUGUUUGGCACCUUAUGGUGGACCAGUGGAACCGGCAAUUGCAGUCGGUGGUUUUGUAAACAGGGGAGAAAAUCUUCUUGAUCCUCCAUAUGAGAAAGCAACAGCGAUUAUUUUAACAUUCCUUGUUAAUAAUUAUCAUAAUAAAACUAAACUUCAAGCUGCCAUGGAGUGGGAAGAGAAGUACAUCAGCUUUAUGAAAAAUUGGACAGAAACAAUAAAACCAGCCUAUAUGGAUAUUGCAUUUACUUCUGAGCGUUCGAUUGAAGAUGAAUUAAAUCGAGAAUCUCAGUCAGAUAUUUUGACGAUUUUAGUUUCUUAUCUCAUCAUGUUUGCCUACAUUGCUGUAUCCUUGGGACAAAUACGAAAUUGUAGUCAUCUUUUAUACGAUUCGAAAAUCACGCUCGGCUUGGGAGGUGUUUUAAUUGUUUUGGCAUCGGUGAUAUGUUCAGUUGGAAUUUUUGGAUUUAUCGGAGUGCCAGCGACUUUGAUAAUUAUUGAAGUGAUUCCAUUUUUGGUGUUGGCAGUUGGCGUUGAUAAUAUAUUCAUUCUAGUGCAAACAAAUCAAAGGGAAGGAAGAAGGCCAAAUGAAUCAAUACCUGAACAUAUUGGUCGUACUCUUGGACAAGUUGGGCCCAGUAUGUUAUUAACAAGUAUCUCCGAAAGUUGUUGCUUCUUCCUGGGAAGCCUCUCCGAUAUGCCGGCUGUUAAAGCGUUUGCUCUUUAUGCCGGUAUGGCACUUUUAGUCGAUUUUCUACUUCAAAUAACUUGCUUUGUGAGUCUUUUGACUUUGGACACGUAUCGUCAAACUAAUAAUAGACUAGACGUUUGUUGUUUUAUUCGCGGGUCGAAGAAAGACAGUGGUGAAGAAGUGGUCGAUGGUCUUUUGUAUAAAAUUUUCAAAGUCGCUUACGUUCCGCUUUUAAUGAAAAAAUGGGUGCGAGCUGGUGUGAUGAUUGUUUUCUUCGGAUGGUUAUGUACAAGUAUUGCAAUGGUUCCACACAUUGAAAUUGGAUUAGAUCAGGAACUUUCGAUGCCAGAAGACAGUUUUGUACUUAAAUACUUCAAGUAUCUCAACAACUAUUUGUCUAUCGGGCCACCAAUGUACUUUGUGGUGAAAGGGGGUUUAAAUUAUUCGGACACAAAAACGCAAAAUUUGAUAUGUAGCGGUCAAUAUUGUAAUUCCGAUUCAGUUACAACGCAAAUAUUUACAGCAUCCCAACAGCCAAAUACGAGUUAUAUAGCGAAACCCGCCUCUUCAUGGUUAGAUGAUUAUUUCGAUUGGUCAAUUUUACCAUCGUGUUGUAAAAUGACAAUUUCAAAUGAUUCCUUCUGCCCACAUAAUAGUUACUCGCCAAAUUGUAAAUCUUGCAAUAUCUCAGUGAAUAAGUACAAUCGACCGACAACGGACGAAUUUGAAAAGUACAUUUCAUUCUUUAUACAAGAUAAUCCUGAUGCUUCUUGUGCAAAAGGUGGACACGCGGCUUAUGGGCAUGCAGUGAAUUAUUAUACAAAUCUAAAAACGCAUCAUUCAAAUGUUGGUGCCUCGUACUUUAUGGCCUAUCAUUCGAUUUUAAAAACAUCGUCCGAUUAUUAUGAAUCAAUGAGAGCGGCCCGUGAAAUAUCGGCGAACAUUACAAAUAUGAUUAAUAAUAAUCUUGAAAAAUGGAAUAAAACAACGAGAGUUGAAGUUUUUCCAUACAGUGUUUUCUAUGUGUUUUAUGAACAAUAUUUAACAAUGUGGCCUGAUACUAUCAAAAGUAUUGGUAUUUCUUUAUUAGCAAUUUUCAUUGUCACAUUUUUAUUAAUGGGUCUUGAUAUAUUUUCGUCAAUUGUUGUUAUUGUGACAAUUACGAUGAUUGUUGUUAAUAUUGGAGGUCUAAUGUACUGGUGGUACAUCACGCUUAACGCUGUGUCAUUAGUUAAUUUAGUUAUGGCAGUGGGCAUAGCCGUAGAAUUUUGUAGUCAUUUAGUGCAUUCCUUCUCUGUGUCAGUGAAAGCAACUCGGGUUGAUAGAGUUGCUGAUGCUUUAACGAACAUGGGAAGCUCAGUAUUCAGUGGGAUUACACUAACGAAAUUUGGUGGAAUUAUUGUUUUAGGUUUUGCAAAAAGUCAAAUUUUCAAGGUAUUCUACUUUAGAAUGUAUUUAGGAAUUGUACUCUUUGGAGCAGCGCAUGGACUUAUAUUUCUGCCUGUCCUUCUCAGUUAUAUUGGCUCGCCGAUGAAUCGGGAGAAGCUGGUCAAUCAUAAGAAAGCCACGAGAGGAAAUCUGGACAGCAUACAAGAAACUUCCAUGAAUCAACGUAUGUGAUGCCCUGCCGAAGAUAUAGAAGAUUCGAGCAGUUCAAUAGAAUACGAGGAGAGACAAGUCAGAAUGAACAGGCUACAAGCUCUGUUUCACCACUUCUUCGAAAUAAUCCACUUCAGGGUACCGCCUCCUACGCAAGUGUAAAUGACUCGGACAGAAUAGAAUCUUUCUAGCUUUAAGAAUUUAAGUCACUCUUAUAAGGGAACAAAAGAUGUAGGUAAUAGUCAAUAUGUACCAUUUGAAGUAGAGUAUUUGAUUAUCAAUAAUUAUUUAAUUCACUCGAUUCAAUUUUUAAAUUAAAAUUUACGCUUUUUUCCAAAAAAAAAAAGAAAAUAUUCGCGAAUAUUUUAAAAUCAUUUUUGAAAUGUUAAUGAAUUCAUUAAAAAUUAAUAUCAAAUGUUAAUUAAUUUCUAGUCUCCUAGAAAAUUUAAAAAAUGAAUUUAUUGUUAUUUCUAAAAAUUUUAACAUUUAAAUUACUAAUAUAUUUAUAAAAAAAAGGGAUUGAAACAAUUUCUACACUUAAAUUAUGGAAAGAAAAUAAAUUUACAAAAAUUGAAGAAAAUAUUAGUAAAUUUUAGAAAGAUUAAAUGAAAUCUUUAAGUUUAAAAUCAUUAAAAAAAAUACUAGAUGAAUUUUGUAAAUAUUAGCAAAAUUAAACCAAAAAAAAAAAAAAAUAUUUAAAUUUGUUGUGAAUAGAGUGUUAUGUGAUUGGAAAUUUAUACAUAUACAAUUAAUUACACUAAUUAAUUAAACGUAUAUGUAUAUAUAAAAUAGGAAUUGUCUUUAAGUUUAUUUAAAUAUUAUAUAGGAUUGUUUUGAUUCUUGGAAAGUAUUUUUAAAAAAAAAGAAAUUAUUUAAUCGAAAAAUUAUUCUCUACUUCAAAAGUUGCUAAUGACUGGAAGUAAAUAAAAUGAAAAGUAUUAUGAAGUCGAGCUCUCGAGACAAAAAUGUCCGGUGUACGCCUUGUAGAAAAGAUUAUAAUGUAAUUUUACAGGAUAAGAUUAUUUAUUGUUUAGGUUGUUUUGUAAAAUUAAGGACGUCAAAUGGUUAUCGGAAUUCGAUUCGUAUAAAAGUUCUGAUAUAGCCUUUUAUCAUGACGGUUUUGUAUCCUCAGAAAUUCAAACAAUCCGUCGUAUAAUAAUUAUAAUAGUCAUAUAUAUAUAUAUAUAUAUAUAUAUAUAUAUAUAUAUAUAUAUAUAUAUAUAUAUAUAUAUAUAUAUAUAUAAAAUUAAGAAUCAAGAAACGUCGAACGCUUCUGUAAAUAUCAAAGUUCCUUGAUUUAUGUCUUUUCUUAUUUUGUUUUAUUUUGAAAAAAAAGAGAAAUAUUUAAGAAAAAAAAAUAUCUACAUUUCAAACAUCAUAAAAUAAUCACUUAACUUUCAUUUAAAUUUUAAGAUUGUGCCUUUUGUACCUAAGAAACUUAUUUUACUACAUACUGACCAUGAAUGUAACGGCGUUUUGACGUUUCGAACAGUACGAAUUAUUAUCUAAACUUAAGACAAACAUUUUGACCGUAUAAAUUAAAUAUCUUUAAUUUGAAAAGUAAACGAGCGAGUUCCUAAUUUUUAAAAAAUAACUAAGUGGCAUACGGUCAAUAUCGUUGUUUAAAAAAAAAAAAAGAAAAUGUAGAUUGUUUUCGUUAAGCGAAAAUAGAUUUUUUUAUACGUUUAUUUAUUUUGCAAAAAUAAAAAAAAGAAAAUCUUUCAUCAAUUUUACGCGAGUCUUUCCAAACAUUGAAAAUUUGUUUUUUUUUCGUUAAUUGCGUAAUUAAUUAAUUAAAUUUGUAAUUUAUUAUUUAAUUUCGUAAAUAUAAAGAAAAAUCGAUUUUCAUAAAAAAAAAAUUUUAUAUACAGUACAAGAAAUCCAUUUCAUUCAAGCAUUCAUUUAAAUAAUCAUAUUAAACAAAACAAAAAAAACGGACUGCCGUGUGCGUGUUUUCUCGAAUGAAAUGUUAAAAUAAUUGAAAUAGUUUUUUAUGAAAUACAACAAAAAAAAAAAAAGUACUUUUGUAUGUUAAAAGCAGUCAAUGUUCAACGAGCCUAUGUUAUUUUAAGUAAAAAUGCGCUAUAUAAUUAUAGCUUUAAAUAUCGUGAAAUUGUAGUUGAGAAUUUGUGGGUGAUUUAAUUAUUAUAAUUGGUGUUAAUAAAAAAUGAACGAUUGUCUUUUUUAAAAAAUAA